AUGUCCGAAAAAAAUAUACAGGAGCUGGCAACAGACGACUUCCACCCGAGAUGUUCAAACCAAUUGGAACACGUCGAUACCGAUUCCUCCCAAGAUGACAGUAUUCUUGCAAUCAAGACGGAUAUCGUGGACGAUUUUCCCGAAGGUGGACUCAGAGCAUGGCUUGUCGUAUUCGGUGUCUUUGCGAGUUUGACAUGUACUCUUGGUAUGCAGUUCACCGUCGGCGUUUUGCAAUCCCAUUGGGAAACACACCAACUACAGAACUACUCUUCUAGUACGAUUGGAUGGAUCUCCUCGGUCUAUAUUUACCUUAAUAUGCUCUCGGCGGUACAGGUCGGCCCAUUGUUCGACAGAUUUGGCCCUCGGUGGCUGAUGCUUAUCGGCUCCGUGCUUUUCACCUUGUCUGUAUUCCUAUUGAGUUUGUGUGAGAAGUAUUACCAGUUUAUGCUUUGUCUGGGAUUACUCAGUGGAGUGAGUGCUGCAUUUGUUUCCAAUCCAUGCAUGGUUGUGUUGUCGCACUGGUUUUAUCGUCGUCGCGGCAUGGCGACUGGCCUUUCCAUGGUUGGGGGUAGUUUGGGUGGAGUCAUCUUCCCCAUGAUAUUGAGAGCGACACUUGAACCCUUAGGCUGGGUGUGGUCACUGAGGAUUAUCGGAUUCAUCUUUAUGGGACUCCUCACCAUUGGCAAUAUCUGCGUUCGAAGCAGAUUGCCAGCUAUUGGGCAAAAGGCUGUUUUUGACUUUCGGUGCUUCCGAGACACACGAUUCAUCUGCUUCACGAUGGCCCAGUUUUUUGCCCAGAUUGCUCUCUACGCAUCGAUGGCCCUUGUUCCUACAUACGCCCUCUCGCAAGGAUUCAGCUCGGACACUGGAUUCUACCUACUGGCUGCAUAUAACGGUGCGGCGGCCGUUGGUCGGGGGCUUUCAGGAGUGGUUUCCGAUCGCUUUGGACGUUUCAAUACCAUGUCAUUGAUGAUGGCCACUACUACGGCUUUCAUCUAUAUUCUUUGGUGUCCAUUUGGAAAUUACCUCGGUGUGAUGUAUUCUUUUGUUGUCUUAAUGGGACUUGGCACUGGAACUAUUCUCUGUUUACUUCCCGUCUGUCUCAGCCAGAUGUGCAAGACAGAAGAAGUUGGACUUUGGUUGGGAAGCUGCUAUCUCGUCAUCAGCCAUGGGUAG